UUAUACAUGUACAAUGCGACCACUGCUCUCAUUUUGUAUAUCCACACACGCCGCAUAAAACAAAAAACAUAAAAUGCUCGCGCUGUACUAACUUCUAAAUGGAAUAUCAUAUGGAUAAUACGUUCUGAACCCAUCCUCCUUUCGGUCCCCUGAUGGGGCGAUCGGAUGGCAGACGAUCCGAUAUAACUGAGUUUACUCCUCCCGCCUACCGUUGUCAUGACGACCAUGGGAUACAUCACAAAGACCGGUCCGUAUAUUCCCGCCCUCUACCAGACCGAUCAGUCUGACAUCACGUCGUCUGCUCCAUACACCGGUUAGAAAUUAACAUCUCAGAUUGACAUUAGAUUGACUGGCCAACUCUUGGUAUAAAAACGAGUGCCCCUCCUUGAAGUUUUCAGACCAGCUUAUACCAUCAUCGGACUCCUAAACCAUUUCCUUCUUGCUUUCUCUCACGGGCUAGCUCUCACAACUUCAUACAAGGAUGAUCCCAACGGUGACUUCGCUGCUCGCAGCAACAUUCUGGUUGGUGAGCUCCUUGCAGGUUGCGAGUGGAGCAUGCAGAAGCAGCGAAGAAUCGGUGACAUACGAACUAACGUUCCAUGGUGACUGGAGUCAGACAGCUUUUCCAAAGCAAUACCCGAUAUAUAGAAAGAAUGCACAGUGGUCACCUGUAUUGGGUGCGGUACACAACAGUCGUUUCCAGAUGUGGAAAGAGGGUGAAGUCUCCAGUGAGCCGUUCUCUCGGUUCGUCGAGGGAGCAGACAUCAAGAACCUUCGUCCAGCAUUAACUGGUAGAUCGACAGAUGUCUAUACCACCUUUGCCAGUGACGGCGUUCCAUCUGGGGUCGGCAGCACGUCGAUUCAGUUUAGAAUGCAUCGAGAAUUCACCGAGGUCUCAUUCGCUGUUCGUAUCGACCCGAGUCCCGAUUGGUUUGUGGGUCAGUCAUCCCUUGACCUUUGCCGCAGUGGAGAGUGGUUACACGACAUGACAUUGGACCUUUAUCCCUUCGAUGCAGGGACGGACCAAGGGUUCAUGUUCACGUCACCAGAUUUCCCCGAGGUCCCUCGUCAACCGAUCGUCGAAAUCACAUCCCGCGUCCCCAGCCACCCUGCCAAUUCUUUCUUUUACCCGAGGGUUGCGCACCUGCCACGCAUCGCACAUGUCACGCUGUCUCGAGUACAUAACGCACAGCCCGCCUGGAUGAGACUAUUACAAAGUGAUCGAGGGGUGGCCGGCACUGAACAAGACAACGCUAUUCCAAAGAACAAAAGUCGCUUCUACGGCUUGAUUAAAGAUUCAAAAGCAACGACGACGAUAUCUGAUCAGGUACUGACGCCUCUAGACUGUGAAGUGACGUCAUGGGGUGGGUGGAGCCACUGUGACGUCACGUGUCGGGUAGGUCUGAAGCGACGGUUUCGUCUGGUGCAACAGAAGCCCAUGAACCACGGCGAAGCUUGUGCCGACCUGGUCGACGUCGUCAUAUGCGACAAAACGAUGGCGUUGGUUAAGCCAGAGAAGAAGAAGUGUGCGCAGAAACACAUCGCCAAGGAGAAGAAACGAUACAUGAAGCAACAGCUCAGGAACUUCAAUACCAAGGGCAAACGGAAGUACAUUGUGUAAUGGACUCAGGAGAGCAUUCUAGAACUCUUUAAUCACAAGUGACCCCAUUGCGAACUUGCAAUAUAGGUUUAAAUUAAGAUGCACAUACUUACUUGCACACAACUCAUAUUAACUCAGCCAAACUGGUUAACAUCAAUGUUUGGAGUACAUCCGCUUACUAGCGGCAGGUCAAUGGUCAUACUAAGAACAAGAUGCUUUGUCUUUGGAAACACCGUACGUCCAGUCUGUUAGGUUUAAUGACGAGACGCUCGCAAGUUAAAGGGGCUGUAGCAUGGGAAAUACUGGUUGAAGCCAUCUACGUCGUCUUUUGGAGAACUAUACGUAAACGAU